GACAACUAUUGUUGCUGGUGAUGCUGUGACUAGUGAUACUGAUGAUGAUGACUUUAGUAGUAUUGGUGGUGUUGAUGGUAGUGGUAGUGGUUGUGAUGAUGGUAGUGGUAGUGGUAUCAUAGUUUGUGUGUUGAUAAAUUUUUUUAAAACUGGUGGGGAUAUUUGAUAUGGCAGCCAGACAGUUUGCUGUUUGCCUUCCAGAGAUACGGGCUAACUCGUUUUAUCGGCUUGACGAACGUGUAUCAUUAUCGUCUAGUGAACUUGAUAUUGUUUCAACUGUUAAUUGUCGAGAUAAAAGUGUUACGAUUGAACGAAAAUUGCCGCGUGGUGUCCAGGAGUAUUGCUCCUGGGGAGGGAUGCUCAACAAUAUAUCAGCCGGAGCUUCGGUUCAUGGCAUUACCGGGACAAAGGACCUUCACGCGCAAGAUUUGAAGCACGAAAAAUUGGACAGCGUUCUGGGUUCUAAUUUGGGUGGAGGUUUGUCCACUGGUGGAGGUCUCACACUUCAUCAGGAAUUAAUCAUGGGCAUGUCCGGAGCAGGAAAUAAUGGUGGUAUAUCUCAUCAUCAAAAUGACGAUAAGCCAACAAAACAAAAACGACAUAGAACACGUUUUACACCAGCACAAUUAAAUGAACUUGAAAGGUGUUUUGGAAAAACUCAUUAUCCAGAUAUUUUUUUAAGAGAAGAAAUAGCCAUGAGAAUUGGACUAACCGAAAGUCGAGUACAAGUAUGGUUUCAAAAUCGCCGUGCAAAAUGGAAGAAACGCAAGAAGACAACAAAUGUAUUCAGAACACCUGGAGGUUUACUACCAUCACACGGUUUACCACCAUUUGGUACAAUGGGAACAGAUCUUUGUGGUGCUGCUGGAAUGUUUCACGCACCAACUGAUCGAUGGGGAAUGGGUCCAGAUAAUAUAUAUUUCACAGGAUUAGGACAAUUGAGUCAAGGUGGAAUGGGAAUGGCAGGAUUUGGACAAAGCUUAGGACAACUUGGUCAACAGGGUGCUGGUGGUCUUGGAUCAAGUCUAGGUCUUGGCAAUUCAAGUUUACCAAUAAGCAGCCCUUCACAAACAGUCUAUCAAGCAAGUUACGGUCUAAAUUCACUUGGUGGAGUCCAUGUGUCAGCGUCUCGUGGUUCACCACCGAGUGCUUCUGGUACAGGGGGUGGUCAAUCUGGUGGUGGUUUAGGCAAUGGUGGUGGUGGUAAUGGUGGUAAUGGUGGUGGUGGUGGUGGAGGAGGAAUGAAUUGUGGACAGGGUUCACCGGGAGCAGCGUCGGGGAGUGGCGGUGGUGUUUCAUGUGUUGGUAGUGCCGACGGUAGCGCUGGUGAAGCAUCAGAUUGGCGAGGUGCACACAGUAUUGCUGCACUUAGACGUCGUGCAUCUGAUGCAUCACAACAAUAUAGUCCACAAGCACCACCUCCACCUGGACCACCACAAUAUACCACCCACGAUAUUGAAUACAGUUCUGUGUAUUAAAAUUUUUUUCAUAUAUUUUUUUU